AUGGCUGUGAAACGUACACUUGGGAAGCUCUUGCUGGCUCUCGCGGCCACGACUUUGUUUCCACCUCAGGCCGCACUGGCAGGAUGGCGCGGCCACGAGAAGCCUGUGGCGGAGCACCAGAUUCUUGACAUUGCCAGGUGGCCGGUCCAAUCCAAGGACUUGCUGGUCAAUUUGGCGACUGCCGCGGCGGCUGUGGCGGCUGCCGUCUUCGCCUUUGCCCAGAUUCGGAUUAUGCGCCGGGACUCUGAGAGAGCCCAACGGGAGUCCAAAGAAGGCCGUAUCCAAGCGGCGGCGGACCGUAUGCUGCAGCCCUUUCUCCCAAACACCAAGGAGGAGAAUGUGGUGAAGCGCGCCGUCAUCGAGGACAUCCGACAACGAAUCAUGCGGUGGAGCCAGCACGCGACGAUCAUUGCGGGGCGCUACGGCUGCGGCAAGACCGUGGCACUGGAAGAGGCGCUCCGCGGCAUGCAGGGCGUCCACGUCCACACCGUGAAGGAUAGGCAGUGGGAGGAGAAGCUCUAUGCAGUGCUGGGCUUGGGCGACGAGGAGAUGUUCAGGAAGGUCCUCCAAAAAAUCCGACAGGAGCUCAACCAGACGCCCGUCCUGGUGCUCGACAUCCCGCGAUCGACCAAGGAAGGCAUGGACUCAAUCUCCAGCUUCGCCAAGACUUUCUCGUCGGACGGGUCGCUGGCGCACGUGAUCGUCUGCGCCUCCUCGGCGGCCAUGGCCAUGGCCUUCGACGCCGGCGGCGACCAACGCCAGGAGAACUACUGGGUGGAAGACCUCACGAAGGAGGAGGCGCAGGAGCUGUUGGCCCUCCGCGGGCGGACGGAUUGGGAGCAAUUCGUGGCAGCAUGCGGCUACAACGCUCUGGAUUUGGUGCGAACCUGCGAAAAGUACACAGGGCCGGAGACGCUGGCGGCCAAGCAGGCGGAGAUGGAGAAGAGGGCCCGCGAGGAGGUGCAGACUUUUCGGAGGGAUUGCAAGUUCCAGACGGUAGAUGACAUCACGCCGGCUGGCGCGAACAUCUUGAAUGCACUGCUGCAAAACCGCGGUGGUCUAGCUGUUGGCAAGCUGGAAGGCGGUAGUGGUGCGUCUCCUGAGAAGGUGGCGAUGUGGAUCCGAGAAGAGAAGUGUCACCCCGUGGUCUGGCACAUGGUGAAGCGGGAGUACCAAUUCGCCUCGGAGCUGCAUGCGCAAGCCACCGAAUCGUCAGCAGGUGAGGUUGAGACCUCGGGCAUGCUGCGCUGGCUGCGCCUGACUGCCAUGUUCCUGCACCUGGGCCUCGGAUUCCUUGCUCGGCAACCCACUGAUGCUCGUUCAAAGCUCCAGCAUUGCCAGGGCUCGCCAAAACAGCUCCUGAUGCUUGCUGAUGUUUGUUUGAAGGCUUGCAGGUCGCCCCGGGGGCAGGUUUGUCAGACGAGGCCUGGCAAGAACAUCAAGUUCGUCAAGUUGGUCAAGCUUGUAAAGUUCUGA